UGAAGUCAGAUCAACAUAUAUUACAGGGGGACAGUUGGAUAGAUCGAGUGUUGGUGACAUUCCAGUCUUAAAGAUGGCACUUGGCUUCUACCACAACACAGUUUUAACAACGACCAACAAGGACAUUGUUUAAGCGCCACAGUGAUAUUAUUGUAUAACACCACAAUGGACCCAAAUAUGAGUUUGGUAGAUGAUAUGUCCAACGCCUGGUCUGAUAUAGAGACAGUUAUAUCAGAAUUUGCCAACUAUCAAAGCCUUGUUCCACAAGUGGACAAUGAACCAUUUCCUCCUCAAUUACAAUCAACAGCAAAUAGUGUCGAUGGACAACCCUUGAAGUCCAAAAGGGCUCGCUCAUCUUACACCGCUUUCCAAGUGUGCUCCUUAGAAAAGGAAUACAUCAAAAACAGUUACUUAAACAGGGCCCGAAGAAUCGACAUAUGCACUCGCCUAAACAUGACCGAAAAGCAAGUUAAGGUCUGGUUCCAAAACAGGCGAAUGAAGGAGAAGAAGCUGCGUGUGAAGUUUGGAAGAAGAAGCGACGACGAAUCGACAUCACCUGGCGUCAGUGACGAAGAUGACAGUGCGUUGGUUAAUAAUUUGUUGAACUACAAAGUCGAUCAAAGACCAACAACGAACGGUUAUACUGGUCAGUUGUUGCAACAAGGUGCAAUGCAUUUGCACCCCCUGAUGAACUAUCAGCACAGUCAGUUCAAUCCUGCUGUAUUGCCUGCUAUUUACAACCCAAUGCAACAUCACAGUUUGGUGCCUGGAAACUUGAUUUCUCAAGUCCCAGUACGUCAGGAAUUGAGCCGAGGACAUCCAGUUGUAACAAUGCAGUACUCUCCAGUAUCACCCCAGCAGUACUACCCCCAGGUGAUUGUGAAACAAGAAGAUAGUGCUGCAAGUCCGCAGAUAGAACCAGAACAAGUACAAGCCAGACAAGAGUUGUCUGUUCCGGAUAACGAUUCGGACCCACUCAUCGAUUUAUAUAACGAGCUAAUUUCAUCUUCUUCGUCAUCAUCAGCAUCACCAGAACAGAUUAGUUUUCCUACAUCUGUGGGAGAUAUUGACUUUGAUUUUUUGCAACAAGACCAAAUAUAUCCUGAGAUGGGCUUCAAUCAGGAGACGCAGGAGGACAAUCUACCUUGCAUGCCAGACCAGUCGCCAACUCUUUCAGCAACGUCCAACGGUUUUCAGGAUAUUUCGCCUGUAUCCUCUCCUGGUGGAGGUGGCGACGUUUUGACAACUGUGGAUGAUUUUGAUGUUGAAUUUGUCUUGUAAUGGAAACCUGGUACGAAAUAUCAGUAGAAGAGUUGACAACAAUGCUAAGUGCAUGGGGAGGGAGCAUGGGAAUGGAUAUUGUCAUCUGUGAUGAAGAAAUGGUUGAACUUGGAAGGAAUAGAAGUAAUGGUGAACGUAGGAGAAACAAAGAUAAAGAAUAUAUAAAUUCUGUGAUCUGUAUCAUGUUUAUAAAUAAGAUAUUUAUGUGAUGUAAUAUGUACCAGUGAUUAUCCCAGUUAAUAAAUAAAUUAUAUUCAAACAUAA